AUGCUGGAUAGCGUUUUCGGUUUCGCAUUUUCAGAGCAUUUGCCAACAGAAGUUUGCUCUCGGUGCUGCUCAAAAGUACGUGACUUUUACAACUUCACCCAGGAAGUGCAGUCCAAUCAGGAGCGACUGGAGCGAGAUUACUUGGCCGUGAGGACUGAUCCACUCUCCGAUAGUGCGCUCAAGGAACCAACAGAGCAGCAUGACUUUUGCGUCACCGUUUGUAAGGGAUCGACGUUCCCCGUUGAACCGGACAAAGCGCUACGUAAUCCGCUUUCAUACGAAGCUAACAGCACUACGGGUAGUGACAAUGAGCUGCCAGCUGAACCCGAGGCGUGCUGCCAUGAACAUAAUGAGCCAGAAGUACGCGCUUGUGAAGGACAGUCGGAGAAACUGCAUGAGAGCGAUCGGACCAUACAGAAGUUCUUUAAACUAUGCUGCGAAUUGUGUCCCGAGGAUAGUGGAAAGGACUUUGGUAGUUUCUCAAAACUUACGGCGCACUACCGCAAGACGCAUGGCACACGUGGCUACCUGCGGUGCUGUGGCAAGCAGUUUUCCCGACGGUUUCGUGUGAUGGAACACAUAGCGCACCAUCAGGGUGCAAUCCGUUGCGAUGUUUGUGAUAAAUCGUUCAGCAGCCGAUCAUACAUGGUAGUGCACAAGCAAACCAAGCACGGAUCAGGAGCCACAUCGCCGCCACAUCGUGACCACCGCUGUGAGAACUGCGCGGAAGCGUUCUGCUCGCGAACGCAACUUAGAGUUCACAUGUUCAAGCAUGAAACGAAAGCGUGCCCGGUUUGCAAGAAAACCUUCAGCGCAAGCUACAUCAAAAAGCACACUACCGAAAUGCACGGAGAGCGGCAGAUGCUGAUCUGUGAUGUAUGUGGGAAGCAAAUGUGCACAAAACUGGCCAUGAAGAGGCAUAUUAUGCUGCACGCGGGCAUCGGCACGUCGGAGAAAGUGCAAUGCGGCUACUGCGCAAAGUCUGUUCAAGGGAAGCAUAAUCUGAAACAACACAUACGCUAUAUGCAUCUGGAAGAGGGGCAAGUGUUCCGGUGCGACAUUUGCGACCAUAAAAGCCCUAACAGCAAGGCGCUCCAGUACCACAAGCGGCGGGUACACGUCGAAAAAAACUUUGCCUGUGAGCAGUGUGGCAAGCGUUUUAAGCAGAAAAUUUACCUCACCGAGCACCUAGCUUCGCACACGGCUCGCCGGUUGUACUCGUGCGAUAUUUGCGAAGCGACGUUCAAUUCGAAAGCCAAUUAUUACAAACAUCGCAAAUCACGUCACGCGGCCGAGUGGAAGGCAAUGAAGGAGCAACAAUAAGACGAACUAAAUACACCGAAAAGUACAAUUGAUCUUAAUUUCCAAAGGCUUUUCAUAAGUUCAGCCACAAUAAUAUUGUGCCACGGUUUUGGGAAAACA